AUGUAUAGAUGGCUAUACCCGAUGUUCAUACGUAGCCUCAAACGUGAUGUCCAGAUCCAUGAUCUGUACAGAUGUCCGCCGGAGGACAUGUGCGAGACAGUGGUCGCCAAACUGGAAAAAAAUUGGCGAAAAGAGUUAGCAAAACAAUCGCCAAGUUUUAUGUGGGCAUCGAUUAAGACAUUUUCGGGAUCCAUAGUAUUGCCGAUUAUAUUAAUUAUAUUAAAUGAUUGUGUAGUUUUUAACUUGAAUAUGAUAUUGUUGGCCAAAUUGCUGGCAUUUUUUGCCGCACCCGACAAACACAACUAUUUGCAUACCUGUCUGUAUGCCUGUGCCCUGAUUGCUACAACCAUAAUAGCCAUAUCUUUUAACCAUCCAUCGAUGCUACUAUCGUCCAAACUAGCCAUGAAUAUCAGGGUCAGUUGGUGUACACUUAUGUACAAAAAGGCUUUACGUUUGAAACACUCGGCGUUUUCAAAGACAACAAUCGGACAGAUAUUGAAUCUAAUGUCCAACGAUGUCAGCCGUUUGGAAGAAUUUUGCCAACACUUUGCUUUUCUGAUUGCCGGUCCGAUUAAUCUUGCCAUAGGUGUGGCCAUAUGCUGGCAAUACAUCGGUUGGGUGUCAUUCAUAGGACUGGCUAUACUCAUGUGUUUUAUACCAUUCAAUGGUCUAAUGGGCCGAUUGUUUCUCAAGAUUAGGAGAAAAGUUGCUGCACUUACCGAUAACCGGAUCCGUUUGAUGAACGAUAUAAUAACUGGUAUGAGUGUUAUCAAAAUGUAUGCCUGGGAACGACACUUUAGCAAACUUAUAGCCAAUACCCGCAAGAAAGAGAUGAAACAAAUACAAAAGUCGACACUUCUUAAAGCGCUAAACAAAUCCAUAUCCGAUAUCAGCGAUCGGUUUAUCAUAUUUGUCAUAUUAAUAGUCCAUAUACUAUUAGGCGGUAGACUGACCGCCGAAACUGUAUUUAUCUCAAUGUAUAUCUACCAGGGCUUACAAUAUACAAUGACCUAUGGUUUUCCGCUAAUGGUAGGACUGAUUGCCGAAGUGUAUGUCUCAGCUAAACGUAUUCAGACAUAUCUACUAUUAGAAGAAAUUGGAGACAAAAACCAAUUGAAUAAUGAAAACAGUGUCCAAAACAAUGGCAGCGAAAGCAUACCGCUCUUAGCACAUAAUAAACAGCACCGGGAUGUCAAUGAUGAUGACACUAACAAUACUAAUAAAACUAUUAUUGUCGAUAAUUUGCGCGCCACUUGGGAUACAGUGCUUAAAUGGCAAACAAUUAAAGACAUAACUGUUUCGUUAACAUCGGGCGAGUUGUUAGCUGUUAUCGGACCGGUUGGUAGUGGAAAGAGUUCAUUUCUAAUGUCACUGUUGAAUGAGAUACAAGUAACCAGUGGUCGGGUAGCGGUUAGAGGAUCGGUAGCCUAUGCCUCACAGGAAAGUUGGAUAUUUAACUCAACAGUUCAACAAAACAUAACGUUUGGAAAGCCGUAUGAAAUAAAUCGAUUCAAAGAAGUCAUAUCAGUCUGUGCUAUGAAUCGCGACUUAAAGAUGUUUCCGUUCGGCGAGCGAUCUCUGGUCGGAGAAAGAGGUGUUACACUCAGUGGCGGACAAAAAGCUCGGAUAACAUUAGCCCGUGCUCUUUAUAAUAACGCCGAUAUCUAUCUAUUGGACGAUCCUUUAAGUGCUGUCGACACUGAAGUUGCGAAUCAUAUCUUUAAAAAAUGUAUCACUGAAUAUUUGAAAUCAAAAUCAGUGAUUCUCGUCACACAUCAGAUACAGUUCAUCAAAAAGGCCCACAAAAUACUGGUACUACGCGAAGGUCGGCCACUGGCUGUCGGUUCCUAUACAGAGCUUAUGGAAGCGGGCAUUGAUUUUAUGUCACUUAUUAAAGAGGAAGAAAAACCUAUAGUUAAUAAACAACAGAUGAAUGCUGUCAUCAUUACUGACGAUGACUUUAGACAACGAGCCAUAAGUCGUAUAUCUUCACAAUCGGGACAAGAGGCUAACUUUGGUGAUGAUAGUGACGAGAAAAUAGAUGACGAACUUAAGGCUAGCGGAUCGGUUGACUUCCGGAUCUAUUGGGAGUACAUCCGAUCGGGUGCCGGACCCGUACUACUACUUAUUGGUCUAAUAUCGACACUAGUAUCUCAAGGUUUGGAAAACUACACUGAUAUCUGGCUGUCUGAAUGGAUUAAUCGGGACACCAAUAAUAUCAACCAUAAUGUAACUGAUAGUACCAUUAGUGAUGACAACAGAUUCAAUGAAACAGAAAACAUUAAAAUCUAUUCAAUACUUUUGGUGACUAUUUUUGUAUCAUUAAUACUACGGUCGACCACUUGGUUUGUAAUGUGUAUCAAAUCGUCAAUCAAUUUACACAACAGAAUAUUCUAUCGACUAAUGAGAACCAGAAUCACGUUUUUCGACACAAAUCCUGUCGGUCGUAUUUUGAACCGAUUUACCAAAGAUAUGGGAACUGUCGAUGAAAUGUUACCGUUUGUUUCAUAUGAAUCCAAUAAAUAUAUAAUACUCACGUUAGGAUUGUUAACAGUGGUUGCAAUUGUCAACUAUUAUCUAAUUAUUCCGGCCAUCGGUCUAUUGGCCGCUGUAUUAGCUAUUCGUUGGAUUUAUUUGAAAACCAGUCGCGAUUUACAGCGUUUCGAAGGAAUCGCCCGGAGUCCACUGUAUAAUCAUAUGACUACUACACUGAUCGGACUGACCACCAUUCGUGCCUAUCGUGCGGAACAUUUGUUUCGCGAACAGUACUAUCGCUACCAGAAUGACCAUUCGUCUACUUAUUUCAUGCAAUUAGCCGCAUCCCGGUGCUUAGACCUGGCGAGUGGUACGGCAGGUCUAAUCAUAUUUAUGGCAUUGAAUUUAAUAGGAAACACACAAUACGGUAUCAGACAGUCGGCCGAAAUGGAGAAUCAGAUGACAUCAGUCGAGAGAAUUGUUGAAUACUCUAAACUAGAAUCGGAAGGACUGAUCGAUAGUGAGAUACCACCGCCUGAUGAGUGGCCCGACAAGGGAUGCAUUGAAUUCAGACACGUGUACUUGACUUAUGAAAAUUCACCGAAACCUACACUCCAUGAUCUAAAUUGUCGGAUCAAUGGCGGCGAGAAAGUUGGAAUAGUUGGCCGAACCGGUGCUGGAAAGUCAUCCAUAUUGUCGGCACUGUUCCGUAUGCACAAUAUCGACGGCAAUAUCAUUAUUGAUGGUAUCGAUCACAAGACUAUAGGUCUACACGAUUUGCGCAGACAUAUGUCAAUCAUACCGCAGGAUCCCAUUGCUUUCAUCGGCAGUUUACGCAAGAAUUUGGAUCCAUUUGAUGAACAUUCUGAAGAUAGACUGUGGGAAGUACUCGAAGAGGUACAGCUCAAGGAGGCUGUUCAAGAAAUGUCCGGUCAGUUGGAGUAUCAACUGUCCGAAGGCGGCGGUAAUCUGAGUGUUGGUCAGCGCCAACUCAUAUGUCUGGCCAGAGCUAUACUCCGCCGAAAUCGGAUUCUUGUGUUAGACGAGGCAACAGCUAAUGUCGACCACAAGACGGAUGCACUGAUUCAGCGGACAAUUCGUGAAAACUUUGCCGACUGUACUGUACUAACAAUUGCUCACCGAUUGAAUACAAUCAUAGACUCGGAUCGGGUACUGGUUCUCUAUUCCGGACGUAUUAUGGAGUUUGGCGUUCCCUACGAAUUAUUACAGAAUAAUUCGGGAAUGCUUUACAAACUCGUUAAACAAACCGGUGUCCAAAUGUCCAAUCAAUUGAUACGAUUGGCUAAACAAUCG